GAAAUCUGAAGAUUAACUUUAUCGGGUUGCUGUCUUGACAGUGUAGUGUGCGACAGAAAAAACCAACAAUGGGCACCGGGUCCACAUUUUGCGCGUUUAAAAGUGCUAUCCUGGCAUUUUUUCUUGUGAUAUCCCUGCGUGUUGUAUGGGCAAAUAAUCCGGGAUUAGUGCAUCGAACUUUCCAGUAUAAAUAUUCCUUCAAACCACCGUAUUUGGCACAAAAAGAUGCCACUGUACCCUUUUUCCAAUAUGGAGGCCAUGCAAUCGCCAGUGCUGAUAGUGUACGAAUAGCCCCAUCACUCAAAAGCCAGAAGGGUGCUAUCUGGACCAAGAGCAAAACCAAUUUCGACUGGUGGGACGUUGAGAUUGUGUUCCGGGUGUCAGGGCGGGGAAGAGUGGGAGCUGAUGGAUUGGCUUUCUGGUACACCACGGAAAUUGGGGAUUACAAUGGGGAUGUCUUUGGGUCAUCAGAUCGCUGGAAUGGUCUGGGAUUGUUCUUUGACUCCUUCGACAAUGACAACAAACACAAUAAUCCAUACAUAAUGGCUGUUCUCAAUGAUGGCACCAAGAAAUUUGACCAUCAAAAUGAUGGAACUACCCAACUCCUGUCUGGAUGUUUGAGAGAUUUCCGCAACAAGCCCUUCCCCACACGAGCUCGCAUUGAGUACUACAACAAUGUCCUCACGGUCCUCUUCCACAAUGGCAUGACCAAUAAUAAUCAGGAUUAUGAGAUGUGCCUGAGAGCUGAGGGUGUUCAUCUGCCCAAGUACGGAUACUUUGGUCUGUCGGCAGCUACAGGAGGCUUGGCGGAUGAUCACGAUGUGUUCCAUUUCCUCACCACGUCACUUCAUCCCGCCGGCCAGGACCCGCAGCAGCCUUCGGACGAGGCAGAUCGUCUGUCGAAAGAGUACCUUGAGUACCAGAAGAAGCUGGAACAGCAGAAGGAGGAGUACAGGAGGGAUCAUCCAGACAAAGCGCCCAAGGAGGAGCUUGAGGAUUGGUUUGAGAGUGACAAUCAGAGGGAAUUGCGUCAAAUCUGGCAAGCUCAGAGCGGAAUGACGGAAGUCAUUCGGGAUCUAUCGCGCAAAAUGGAUGAAGUUAUUGGGCGUCAGGAGCGAACUCUGGGGCUUUUGUCUGUUGGCGGGCAUCAGGGUGGUGCUCCACCUGCCGGAGGAGCGGCUAUGCAGCCAGCGGCAGUUCUUUCGCGCCAGGAAGUUGAAGCUAUCCUGCAGAACAAUAACUACAUCGCGCAGACGACCAAAGAGGUCCGUUCAAUUAUUGCUGAGAUCUCAUCGCGCUCCGAUACCAUCCUGCAGAAUCAGGCCCGUCAGCCCACAGCUCAGAUUCAGGGAUCAGGGUAUGAGGUUCAGGGACUGAUGAAUGAGAUGCGUGAGUCGAUGAAUAAUGUGAAGCAAGGACUGGCGCAAAUUGGGCAUACGCUCAAUACAAAGGAUGGCGCUACGGGAUGUCCCACCGGCAAUUGUUUGGGUCUCACGACCUUCCUCGUUAUCACAGUGGUCCAGCUCAGUGUUGUGUUUGCCUACAGUCUGUUCAGAGAUUCUCGAGAAGCCAAGGCUAAGAAAUUCUAUUGAUGGAAAUAAAUUGUCAAGACUUAAAAUUAGCGCAUACAGAGUGAGAAAAAUGGAUUUUAAAAAUUCACUACAACCCCCCUUUUGAUACUUAAGAAGAAUGAGAGAGAGAAAGAGAGAGACAAAUCAAAGGUAGGCCAAACACUAAAUUCUUCAGAAACUUUUGUUCAUUCCACGUGAAAAUAUAAUGCAAGAUAGCAGCAAGAAAAGAAUUCUUUGAGAUAAACAAAUGGAAAGCAUUAAAGUGUAAAUAAAUAAUUUGUAUUUUACGUAAAAGAAGAAUAUUUUUGUCUCUAAUUUGUUAUGAGAGCUUCCAAGCCAGGCAUUUAAUUUAAAAGAAAAAAAAUAGAAGAGCAGAAAACUGUCCGAGUCUAAAUGUAAUUUGUUGUGUUUAUCUCAUGUGAGAGAAAUUGUGUACGUUUGCAAUUAUGUAGGUGAGAAAAAUAUAAAUAUUUAAAGAAAAAAAAGAAAGAUAAAAUUGAGAGAAAAAAACAUGUGUGCGAUAAAAAAUUCUCAUGCUAUUCACAAUUCGCAAAUGACCUCUGACGAAGUUUUAUAAGCGAAUGUAAAGGGAGAUAAAGCAACCACUUUUGAUGUGCAGCUCGUAAAUUUAAUUAGAAAAAAAGAGAAUAAAUUUACUUGUACAGGAAA